CUCAGUUUUAGCAGCGGCAUCUCUUCAAUCGAUACCUAUCCUCGGUUUAGUUCAUAAAACACAUACCCUCCGUAUUGCUCAUCCUUCGUGUAUGUUGACCGGGUCCGGUACACUUCAGCGCAACGCUUCGCACAUUGAUAGUAUCCAGCAGCAGUAAAUUGUAGUAAAAAUCACUCACCGAGAAAAUGACUUCAAGACGUACGGUUCCGGUGAAGUUGACGAUAGCUGUAGGGGUUUUGUUCCUCGUUUCCGUUUGCUAUCCGUCCCUGGCAGCAAGAAAAUCAUCUUCUUCUAGUGCUCGUAUGCUCGAGAGCAGUUUUGAUGACGAACUGAUUCCAUCUUACGAGUGUUCACACCGUAGUCGUGAUUGGACGAUGCGGUGCAUGGUUCCGGUAACUAACUUUCAAAUGUCUCUCGAUCUGUGCGGAACGAAACAGAAACCAGACGAGAGUCAUAUCCAACGAUGCGUGAAAGAGCUGUACAUUCUUGGAAAAUCCUGCCCGCAAACGUCGAUGAUUGACGCAGCGAAGGAAAUGAUGCACCAAAAAGGUCCACCUCCACCGCCGAAACAAGCCCCGUCCAAAGUGAAGAAGCCCAAGUUACCGGCUCCCCUUGAAAAUAGUCUGCCAAAGCUGUCAAAAGCAUACUCUAAAGGAAAAAUCAGCGACAAGAAGAAAGAAAAGUUCGAUCUUUGAAGAUGAAAGUAGUCGAAAUGAACAAAACUCGAACAUUGUUAUAGAUAAUAAACUUCAGAAUAAGGGCAGUGACGAAGACGAUUUUCACGCAUUUUGCGAUCAGCUUCACAUAUUUAAUG